AUGGCUGAGAAGUUUCAUUUGUGUCUGCUGGGACUGAUCUUUCUCUCUUCACUUCUCACAGGUUCCAGUGGAGUGAAUGAUGCUCAUGUGUUCAUCAGUUCUGGUGAAAAUGUCCGUCUGCGCUGUAAUAAUGUUCUUCAUGACUGCAAAUCAACUACAUGGGUCUAUGACAGAUUCAGUCAUUCAGCAGCAGUUGAACUGCUUCGUUCAGGGAUAAAGAAUAAAGACACAGACAGUCAUGAGAGACUGAUUCUGGGGUCUGACUGCUCGCUGAACAUCAAGAACGUCACAAAAGAAGAUUAUGGACUUUACAUCUGCCAACAAUGGACAGUGAAUGGACAAAAACUGAGAACUGAUGCACGUGUUUAUCUGCAUGUUCUUCAUGUCUCUUCAUCCUCAUCAUCAUCAUCCUCAUCCUCACAGACUGAGAUCAGUGCAGGCCGCUCUGUGACUCUCUCCUGUCAGUUGUAUUCUCUUGCUGGAGUCUCUUGUGAUGAUUUGAUUAAUUCUGAGGGAAUUGAGCUGUUCUGGGUGAAUCAGGCUGGUGUUAAACUGAUAAACUCAGACUCCAGAUAUCAGGAAUCAGCUCCAGAUCACUGUAUCAGCACUCUGAAUACAACACUCCUGAAUGAAGAUCACAACAGAGAGUGGAGAUGUGAAGUUUCUCACAAAAAUCAAGCCAAGACCUCAGCCACAUAUACUGUCAAGAGUUCAGCUCAAGAUAAAACAACAACAGCAGUGAAUCCAGUCCACAUCACAAACUCUCAGGAUCUCAAAACUAAAGCUCGAGCUGCUUCGAUGACAGCAGUGAUUCCAGUCCACAUCACAAACUCUCAGAAUCCCUCAACUACAAACACACACAUAACUAAAGAUCCAGCAGAAACUGAAGUCAGCAGGACUGCUAGAUCAUUAUUCAGAGUGAUUUUGAUUAUUCUUGAGACUGCAGCGUUUGCUGCUCCUACUGUGAUUCUUCUUCAGAUCAUCUGUGCAAGAAGAGCUGGGAGGAAGAACUCGCAGCACCUAGAGGAAAUAUGAAUGCAAUAUUAGAAUAAAAUACUCUCUACAAAUAACAGGCCAGAUCACAGCAAGAUUUAUCUUCAUGCCAAUGAUAUUAUGGAUAUUUGCAUACAGCUUUCAAUGAUCUUUUCCAGUGCUCCAAACUGAAUAGAUAAUGUGUAAUAUUAAAUAUAGAGUAGAUAUCAA